AUGGAUGCUAGUCAAUGCUGUGUGGUUGUUGUCACUGAUUCUGAAAACUCUGAUGAAUCUCUUUCAUUGUUACAUACAGUCUUUUCUUUUGUAACUUUUGUACCAAGUCAUCCUGAUGUUCUAGGGAUUCUUCAAGCACAUUAUUCAAGUAAGGGGGAUGAAAUGUCAACUUUGGUAUUAUUGGAUGAUAAUGCUUAUUCUGGUGAAACAUUAUUGGAUACUUUGGAUUCAAUUCGAUAUGCUAUGAAUAAUGGUUCACUACAAAAUGUGGCUCCUAUUGUCUAUUCCUCUUGUUGCUCUACGGAUUUCAUGGUGAAAUGCCUUGAUCAUGGUGCUUGUGAUUAUAUUAUUAAACCUUUACGUCAAGAAGUCGUCAACACUUUAUUUUUGAAUAUCGUCCGAUCAGCUAGGCGUCAUCGUCAGGAAAGUCAAAGACAACGAUCAGCAUCUUCAUUGAAGUCAAUCGAGUCAGGCGAAUCAAAGGGGACAAAUUGGAAAGCGUUUCAAAAAAGGUUACAAUCUGUCUUUCAAGUGAAUAGCAAUUUAAUUCAUCAAAGUGUCUCUGAAUACUUUAUUCGCGAUGCCAAUAUUAGUCGAUCACAACUGAAUAAACUUUCAAGUGAAACAAAUGCUCGUUUACGGUCUCAACUUAGUAGCUGGCAUUUUGCACCCUUUGAUUUUGAUCAUUAUGAACUUAUGCAAUGUGUAUUCAUUCUCUUGAACCAUGUGCUUGAAAUGCCGGAAUUACAACAUAUCUCUUUUUCGGAUGAUGAACUUUAUGACUUUAUCUUUGAUGUGGCAAAUAUGUAUCAAUCCUUGAAUCCGUAUCACAACUUCCAGCAUGCAGUUGAUGUGAUGCAAGCUACUUAUUACUUUUUAUGUCAGAUAGGUGUUCUACUUCCUAUGGAUACAGGUGCCUCCCCUAGUAUCGACUUCAAAACUCCUCCUGGACAAUACGAUUGGUUCAAAGACAAUGGAAAUAUGAAAUCAUUAUUCUCUUCAUACGAUAUCCUAGCAUUGAUUCUGGCGAGUAUAGGUCAUGAUGUGGGUCAUCCUGGUGUCAACAAUAUCUUUAUGAUCAGGACGGCGACUCCAUUAGCAUUGAUGUAUAAUGAUCGAUCAGUACUUGAAAGCUUUCAUGCUAUGGUUUUCUUCAAUAUUCUACAACGGCAUUGUUUCCAACCUCUGACUGAAUGGCAAACAACUGCUGAAUAUACCCGAUUCCGAAAGAUUAUAGUACAAAGUAUCUUGGCUACAGAUAUGGGACUUCAUGAUGAUUAUGUCAACAAGAUUCAAGCACAAAAAACAAGGUUAGAUCUACAACCUGUUGACGUAAAAGAUCAAGAGCAAGCGGAAAACGAAAUCAUUCUGAUUUGUGGAUCUCUUAUCAAAUGUGCAGAUAUUAGUAAUUGUGCAAGACCAUUCCCUGUGGCAAAAAAAUGGGCAGAAAUACUUCAACAAGAAUUCCAUGAACAAGGUGAUCUGGAAAAAGAACUUGGUUUGUCAGUUUUACCUAUUAAUGAUCGAGGCAAGAUCUCUUUGGAAGAUUUUCAAUUGGGAUUCAAGAAAAAUGUGGCAGGAAAGCUAUUUGAUGCUGUGGCAAAUGUUUUACCUGAUAUGAGUUUUGCUGUUAAAGUGAUUCAAGACAAUUGUAUUAUAUGGGAAUCAAGAAAAGAAAAAGCACAUGACUCUGGUGUAGGUGGAGAAGCAGCUUCCUCUUUAUCUAGUAGCAUAUAUGAAAUGAGUGAUAUACGACAUCCUCCAUCAUUACAAGCACUAGAACAAUCUGAUGACAUAGAAGCUGGUAUAAGUACUCAAACUUUGCGUGGUACUCCAUUGGAUACUUCUUCUCUAGGUCAAUCAAACAGCGAUAUACAAACUUUUGAAGAACGAGAACAACCAUCAUCAACGAUUCGGGGCAAUAUGCGUCGACGUAUCAAAUCAUUCUGUCAGUGUGUGCUUCAGUGA